UCGGAUUUCCAUUGGUGCUCCGCAGGUUUACGUUAGCAUCUCUAUCUCGGUCACAAAGUCUCCGCUCCCUAGACACCCCCAGAUAUUGCCACGUGUCCAAAACUCUCCCGCGACAUUACAUCUAUCCGUUAACCCUAGUCUUCCCCUCCCGCCGCGCUCUCUCUCUCUCUCUUCUCUGCAAUUUCUCCUUGAAGAGGGAGAAGAGGAGAAAGGUUGAGAAAAAGAAAAGAGGGAUUGAAAUGGGAAAGCUCUUUUGUGAUUCAACGGCGGUAGUGGAGACAUUGCAAGCAUCAUCAUCACCGGCCGGAAAUUGGCGAGAACCGAAGUCUGCUUCUCUCGAAGCUGUUGAUCUCGUUGACCAGUCGACUGCCGCUACCACCACUAUCUCUGUUAAAGAUUCUUGGGACGACGUGAUUGGACUUGAGGACCAACAGAGGCGGCAUCUACAAAGGCUGCAUGCGAGGGGUGUGCUAUGGAAGCGCCCCGGGGAUCACGAUUCUUCUCCGGUCGUUUUCCGGCUCUCUCAUGGCGGCGAGGUGUCGUCGGACGGGAAUUGUCUGUUCACUGCGUCGCAGAGGUCUAUGGCGCGUGAUAUCGACGCGCGGGAGCUCCGGCGGAGGACUGUGCGCCGGUUCACGGGAGAUUUUGGAUCGGCGAGCGAGGAGGACAAAGGUGUGAUUAACGAGGUGAUUAGGCAUAUGUACUCGCCGGAUCUGAAGAAUGGGUGGGGGAUCCACGUGGUACAGGAGGUCAAGCUCCUGGCCAGGAAGGAAGAUCGUCUUGCCUUAGAUUCGGCCAUCGACGAGCUCGUCCAGCUUGGGAUGCAAAGAGAAUUGGCGGCGGAGUCUAUUUACAAAGAGAGAUGUAUUCCAGUGACAGAUGACCUCAGUUGGGCGAAAUACAUGUUGAUCUCUGGUUCACCUGAUGAUGAACAUGAUAUCAUCACUCUGCAGUAUACUGAGGAUGGUUUAUUAUCCGUAGAUGAGAAUAGAGAAGGCCAUGCUGCAGCUUUUGGAGAUGAUAUAGCUAUUGAGUGUCUUGCUACGGAAUUCAGGCGAGAGAUUUAUGUGGUGCAAGCCCAUGGAUCCGAUGCAAUGGUUGAUGAAGAAAAUUGUGUUUUCUUCCUACCCCAUCGUCCAAGGAGUGAAAUUUGCGAGCCUCCUUUCUUUUUAUUUAUGAAAGGAACAGGUUGGUGUGGUGCUGGUGCUGAUCAUUAUGAGCCCUUGAUUGCCCAUCCAUCAGCCCUUGUCUCCCAAGAGAAGGUUGCUGUCGUACUUUGAGAGAAUUAGAUCUGCAGUCUUGCGGCUUAGUAGGAGUAGUUCUAGCCCUUUUCUUUCAGUCUUCAAUGUUUGGCAUGCAAUCUUGUUCUCCGUUUGAGAAUUACUACAUGCCAUCAUUGCAUGGCAUUCUGUUUUUUUUUUUGUCCCUUGAUUCAUCUUAGUGUUUGCAGUAGUUUUUGCCGGCUUUUCUUGUUGAUUUCUGUUGAGUUCUCGAAGAGUGAUUGUAUUUGGCUGGGGCGUCCAAAAUGGAAUGGUUGUCAAUUCUUUUGUAUCUUAUGCUGGAUCAAUCAAUUCAAUGUUAGAUUCGUCAAAUGUUUGGUCAAUUUUUAAGGCUA